AUGGCUCAGUUGGAUCAGGUACCGACAACGAUAUUUCAAUUCCCUUCCCCUUCUACCCUUCUCAAAGUAACCGGUACGCGUGCGGACGUGCGAUUUAGGGUGUAUGCACCAAGCUCCCGGCGCGGCGGGACCCCUAGAAUCGCGGGGCACUCUCCUAUCACCGCACCAAAAUAUAGACAGAAUGGCAGAUUGCUAGUGUUUGAUCCAAAUGAAAAAGUGAUGAUUGAACCAAAUGAAACAAUGUCAGAUAAAUGCCUCUUUGGACAACCAAGAUUCAGCAAACUUUACACGUCAACAAUAUAAAUUUCUCUAAAUGUAGCUAAGACAUUCUUAGAAAAGAAGGAAGUCUCUUCAAAAAACAUUGAAAAUAAAGUCUCUUUAAAGAAUACCGAAAAUGGAGUAUCUUCAAAGAGUGUUGAAAAUAAAGAUACAGAGGCACAUCUACAGUCUAAACUAUGGCCAUCUUCCUUCUUAAAAGAAAGCAUAGGUGAGGUGGGCAAAGAUACAGUCAUUGCAAAGAAAGACAAAAAUAAUGAAUAUUGCCUUCAAGAUACUGAUGAUAAGUUGUACAAAUCAACAGAUGAUGAUGGUGAAGAUGACACCAAUGAUGAAGAUGAUAGUGAAGACAGCAACCCGAAUAAGCAUACUCAUGCCCCAUUAGAGUUAAUGGCAGAAUUCCUGAGAGCUGAAAUGGGUCACGACUACCAUUUGGCAAAAAAAUUAUGUCAGAUGAUCCUACUCUAUGAACCAGAAAAUCCUGAGGCCAAGGAGUUUUUCUCGCUUAUUGAAGAAAUGUUGCUGAUGGAGGAAGCUCAAAACCUUGAGGAAGAUGACCAAGACAGUGAUGAAGACAGUAGCAGUGAGAGUAAUGGAGAAAGUGAGGCACUAAGUGAAGAAAGCUCCGAUGAAUGUGAAGAUGGGUGAAACUACUGUGGUUUAAUCUUCAUGUAGUUUUAUUACUGGAAAUAAAAAAGA